AGCUUUCGUCAAGUUUCGAUAUCGGUCCCCCUCCUUGCCGUUUCUUAGUAUUCCAAAGACUGGCAUGAGUUGCUGACAAUGUAUUUCUAUUUAGACCCCAACCUCCACUCUCUUCAUUCUUGAAGGGUAGGUUACGUCCUGAAAUCUGAGGAAGAAACUAAUAAGAGCUGACGUGUCACAGUCAUUUGAUCAUUAUCAGAUAAUGUGGUUCAAGUUAGUUCUAUUGCUGAUCUAUGUAGCUGUGUUGUUUAUCCUUGCGCGGUUGCUCGAAGCAGUUAACUGGGUGGAGACGGGGGUGCUGUCACAUCGUCUGCUUGACCCCAUGACCCUGUCUGUUCUGAAGCUGAAGACGCUUCUGGAGCAGAGAGGUGUCAGUUAUGAGGGUUUAGUGGAAAAACAGGAGCUCAGAGAGCUUGUUGACGCCACAGGACUGGUGACGGAGGGGGAAGUAAGUGACGCUGUCUUGGAGGAAUCUACUACCCCCACAAACUUCACUGGAGGAUCUCAUUUCCUGGAACAGGUGGAGGAUGCUAAAGACAGUGUUUGGUUGGUCAGGAUUAUCACCAAACAGUGGGACUUCAAGCCUCUUUCUGAUGCCUCCUGGUCAACUGUCAUCAACAAAGUUACUAAGUUUGGGGUCAGAGUGGGAAACUUUAACUGCAAAACCGAUUACAGGUUCUGCAAUUGGAAGAGCUGGGAUUCCACUCGCCUGAUCCUUGGCCUGCCUCAGAAAUUUCAGUCUAAAUCUCAAGUCCAACUAUACACCUAUACAGGUAACUAUAAACUGGCAAGCAUCAGUAAUUGGAUCAAAGACACUGUCAACCAUAAAGUCCUUGUCAUUAAAGAUCCCAUGGAACUUAACAAGAACUGGAUCUCUUACAAACCUUCAGAAGACCCUGAGAUUCGUAUCAUCAUGGUUUCAAAACAAACGCAAGUUCCCCUUUUUUAUUCGGCAUUGAGUGUACGUUUUCCAGGAAGAAUUCGUUUCGGAGUGACCUCUAGAGAAGUAUUGAUUAAAAGUAAUGCAUGGAAGCUCCUUCCAGAGAAGAAUAAUUUGGCAUACUUCAUUAUAACUAAAGAAAAACUUUUCAAAUAUGGGACCAGACCUUCAGAAUCAAUUUCUUUUAAAUCCAUGGAAACAUAUUUAAAAUGUUUAUAUCCAAGUCUUAAUGAUGUUUUUAUUUUAACACUAUUCAUCUGUAAUAGUCUCACUAUUUUUGAGAUCAGUUUAGUUCAAGGUUCAUUUAUUAAAAGGAUUGUAAUGUUACUGUUUUGUGCCAUAAAGUAUAAUAUCAUACACAUCCUUCUAUGGAUGGGCCUUUUAACGCUCUUCCAGAUUCCCUUUCUAGCUGAUUUUAUUCCCUAUGGUCUUAAGCUGAUCCGUUUAUUAGGCGUUACUGACACCAUGGCCUUUGUCAGAGCCGAUUUUAAAUUUUACUCUCGACACUUGAUCAUUGUUGAAGUUUGGUUAGGGUUGUAUUUACUUGCACUAGGAAUAUGGUUUUAUAAGAAAAGUACAGAGGAAGAGUCCAACCAGGAUUGGAAUUUUGCUAGGUUCAGAACUUUAGAACAUUUGUUUUACCCUUUACAUCCUCGAAGCCUGAGUCACCUAGAUCGUAAUGCAUUUCUAGAGUGGAACCAACAGGAAAUUCCAUCCCUUUGGAUGGCAGCUCACAUGUCAUCUGAUUACAUUAAACAUCUGCCUACCUGGCCCUACACCAAAAUGGACCCAGUUAAUGUAACACCAGAACACAAUUGUACAUCAUAUCAUUCAAACUACACCAUUUUUGAACAAGACAAUGCCUUUCCACAAGCAGACAGACACACCAAAGAGAUAGACAAUGUUACACACUUUGACGGCUUCUCUAGUAUUCAGAAUUUAAGAUCAGAAACCCUCACUCAGAAUUGUGAUAGCAGUACAGCAAGCCUAAGACCCUCCUCAACUGUGGGUGAUUUCCUGGAGUGUAGCCAGUGUGUGGUUUGUCUGGAGGAUUAUGAGGUUGGGGUUCUAUUGUGUGGCUUGCCCUGUAAACACAGCUUCCAUCACCGCUGUAUUGUGACCUGGUUACAGAGGGAUAAUCACUACUGUCCUGUGUGUAGGUGGCCCUCCAACAAAGAAAUGCCCAUUCACAUUCACUCAGAAUAAACUUCUAAAACAUCCUUUCAGUUCCUAUCAAAACACUGCACAUCCAUAUUCCCUCAAUAAGAUUCCAAAACAAGCACUUGCUUCCUGCCAACCAAAACUUUAACAGACAUUGAUCAUUUCUAAAAUAAUCACCAUCCCUGUUUACCAGGGUUUUCCUAUUUCCUGUCUUUGUAUUCUUCAGAACCAUUUUUGAUUUAUGACUAAUAGAUUGAAAUAGUUUUUGACAAUUUUCAUGGCAAGGGAGAAUAAGUAAUUAUCAACGACAUGUAUUCAGAAAUGAGAAAUAAAAAUCUAACUUUCAUUCAUCCAUUUGUGUUUGUACAUUGGUUUUGAUUAUAACUUAAAGAUUAAUUUAUUUAUAUGUGCAUCCUACCUUCUGUAAAAUAUUUGUCAGUAAUGUGGAUACAUGCACAUUUAACAUUUGGGUUUCAAUGUUUUCUUGUAUAUUUAUUUUAUGUGUUGAGGUCCACAUUUAACUUCAUGACUUUAAGAAUUCAAUAUACGUUAGGUCAUAGAAAUUUAAGUACAACUCUUUAAUCUAGAUGAAGACUUUAUUCUUGCUUUUUGUAAAUAAAGGCAACAUUCUUAACAAGGAAAAAAAGGAUACAUAAGGACUGUCUUUAUUUUGUUUUGUUGAUGACUAGCUCUGUAGUAUUAGUUAUUUUAAUGACGAUUUGUUGAUGAGACUAGCUCUGUAGUCUUUGCUAUUAUAAUGAGCAACCACUCACCUUGGGUGACUUCUUUGAUUAUACUUGGUACUGCUAAACAGUUUUUCUUCUGUGAUUUUGUUGUUGUUUUUUCAGUUUAAUUAUAUAAGAUUCAUGAAUCUCCUAAAGUUAGGGCAAAAUGUAUAAUUUGCAAAAUAUAUGCAAAUGGUAUAUGUACAUUAUCUAAUUUUACAUUUAAAAUCCUAAAAUAUGUGAUAAGACUAUAUAAUCUCAGAGAAGAGGAACUUUAGAUAUUGGUUGAAUAUACAUGAUAUAUGACUUGCAUCUUUUAACUGAUACAGUGGUAUCUGAAUAUGUACUAAGUCGUGCCUAAAUAUUUAUAUAGCUGACACAGCAUACACUGUAUGUAGGUAUAUUUAUAUAGCUGAUACAGCAUACACUGUAUGUAGGUAUAUUUAUAUAGCUGACACGGUGUACAAUGUAUUUAGGUAUAUUUAUAUAGCUGACACAGCAUACACUGUAUUAGGUAUAUUUAUGUAGCAGACACAGCAUACACUGUAUGUAGGUAUAUUUAUAUAGCUGACACAGCAUACACUGUAUGUAGGUAUGUUUAUAGUGCUGAUACAAUGUUACUGUUAUUUUGAAUAUUUUAAUCUCACGAUUUAUCUUUUGAGAGAAAAAAAAAUAUGCAUGUGAUGAUCUAUUUCUGCAAAGCUAAUUUUAGAUUCAAUGAAUGUCUUUUUAUGAGAAUGAUAAAUUUGUCCCUUGUGUUCAUAGCAGUACUUCCUCCUAGAACAGGUGGAUAUAUAUAUCUCAUACAAUGGUUGUAAUCAUUUGUUAUUUUGCUGAUUUUUGGCUAUUUUGUUCACAGAUAUGUACAAUCGCAAAAUAAAUUGUUGCAGUUAUCUCUUA